UAUCCGGCCUUGUCCGCCUCUACAGCGCCCAGUGGGCGGCCUGGACCCAACUCCCCUGGCCUAGCCGCGCCAAAGGAGUUGCUUCUGACUUUCCUCCGUUUUACUUUCCUUCCCUUCCUGAAGCUGGGUCCUUACGUCCACCACCGCGGAGUCUCCAGACGCCGGAGUCGAAUGUCCUGGAGAGUAACCGGAAGUACUGUGCCCAGGCCUAGGGGCGGCGCCUGCGGCUGCCAGGGAGAGGGAAGAAUUGAGUAUUAAGAAUAGUUCUGAACUAGAGACCUUGUGAAGCCAAAAGGAAGACAAUCUUGAGUCUUUCUUGUUAUGAAUGCUAUUGCCCUUGAGAAAUCACAUUCUAAAGACCAGGAAGUAAAUGUUUUCUUCCAUGUGGGUUCUAGGAUUGGAAAUACCAAGUAAGAAAUUAGUAUAUAUGAUGCUGGAAACUCAUGGAAACUUGGAAAUAUCAAGUAAGGAAUUAGGAUAUAUGAUACUGGAUGCUCGUGACUGAAAGGCCUGAAACAGAUGUAUCUUCCAAAUUCUUAUCAAGAAAAUGACUGUGAAGGCAAUGAUGGGUCAAGAAGACCAGUGGAAAACUCCUUAGGAGAGAGCCAUAGAAAAUGUACACUUCAGAAGAGAAAUGUAAUCAGAGAACUCAAAAAAGGAAAAUAUAUCAUGUAUGCCCUCGGAAGGGUAAAAAGAUUUUUAUUUAUGUGCAUGAGAUUACUCAAAUAGGUGAUCAGAUAUACCAGUGCCUUGAAUGCAAGCAAAACUUCUGUGAAAACUUAGCUCUUAUUAUGUGUGAGAGAACCUACACUGGGGAGAAACCUUAUAGAUGUGAUAUGUGUGAGAAAACCUUUGUCCAAAGCUCAGAUCUUAUUUCACACCAGAGGAUCCACAAUUAUGAGAAACCUUAUAAAUGUAGCAAGUGUGAGAAGAGCUUUUGGCACCACUUAGCCCUUUCAGGACACCAGAGAACACAUGCAGGUAAAAAAUUCUAUACAUGUGACAUUUGUGGCAAGAAUUUUGGUCAGAGUUCUGAUCUGCUUGUCCACCAGCGAAGCCAUACAGGCGAGAAACCCUAUCUAUGUAGUGAGUGUGAUAAAUGCUUUAGUAGAAGUACAAACCUCAUAAGGCACCGAAGAACUCACACAGGUGAAAAACCAUUUAAGUGUCUGGAGUGUGAAAAAGCUUUUAGUGGGAAAUCAGAUCUUAUUAGCCACCAGAGAACUCACACUGGUGAAAGGCCCUACAAAUGUAAUAAGUGUGAAAAAAGUUACCGACACCGUUCAGCCUUCAUUGUACAUAAAAGAGUUCAUACUGGGGAGAAACCCUAUAAGUGUGGUGCCUGUGAAAAAUGCUUUGGCCAGAAAUCAGACCUAAUUGUGCACCAGAGAGUCCACACAGGGGAGAAGCCUUAUAAAUGUUUGGAAUGUAUGAGAAGUUUUACUCGGAGUGCCAAUCUAAUUAGGCACCAGGCAACUCACACUCAUACUUUUAAAUGCCUUGAAUAUGAGAAAAACUUCAACUGUAGCUCAGACCUUAUAGUGCAUCAAAGAAUUCACAUGGAAGAGAAGCCACACCAGUGGUCUGCUUGUGAGAGUGGCUUCCUCUUAGGUAUGGAUUUUGUUGCUCAACAGAAAAUGAGAACUCAGACUGAAGAGCUACAUUAUAAAUACAGUGUAUGUGAUAAGACCUUCCACCAGAGCUCAGCCCUUCUUCAACAUCAGACAGUACACAUUGGUGAAAAACCAUAUAUCUGUAAUAUGAGUGAGAAAGAUAUUGAGCUCAGCCCUCCCCAUGCAUCAGAAGCUUCUCAGAUGUCUUAACCAGACAAAUUAUAAUACCAUAAAAAUGUAUUUACAUGUCAGAGAACUCAUUAAGAUGAAGACCCCUAGGGAAAUCUCAGACUUAUCACAGAGCUCAGAAUUCAGUGGGAACCAGAAACCCUACAAUUGUGGGAAAUAUGAGAAGUGCUUGCCCAGAGAGCUGCCCUAACAGAAUACCUUAUCAUUUACUCUAAUGACAAACUCUACAGAUGCCUGGAGUUUUAGAAAAACUUCAUCACACAUAAGAGGAGUCAGCACAGGUGAGAAAUCUUACAAAUGCAGUGAGAUUAGAGAGCUUGCUAGCAAAGUUCUGUCCGCCUCAUUGUAAGAGAAUUCACAUCAGAGAACAACUUCUAAAAUGCCUUCUGUGUCAACAGUGCUUCAGACAAUAUGCACAUCUCAUUGGACUUCAGAAAAGCUACCCUGGGAAGAAAGUCCACCAACUGUGAAAAAAGCUUCUAAACAGAACUCUAUCUGACCCAUUAGAUAAGCCAUACUGGUGAAAAAUUGUAUAUUUGUCUCAAGUGUGGCAAAAGCAUUAGUUGGAGAGCCUUAGUGGGAUUUGCACCUCCCCCUCAAAGAAAAAGUCUGAGGAAAGACUUUUAACAAGUGUCUGAAUGAAAGAAACUUGUCAGUGAUCAGCUCUUGUGGUACAUCAGGGAACUCACAUAAGUGAAAAACCCUGUAAAUACCUUGAGUCUGAAAAAAGCUUUGCUAGAAGCUCCUAUCUUAUUGGGCCCCAAAGAACCCUUUCUGCUAAGAAGUUUGCUCUAGUGAUAGAGUCGAUUCUGAGUGAGAAUCUGUGUACAUAAAAUAUGUAUGAGAAGAACUGUUCUCAUAGUUGACCCAUAUAGUAGAAAUGACUUGAAAUGGACUCAGUAUGGUAAUAGAUUUUGUAGAUACCCAGAAGCUUGUUCUGGGAGGAGGUAGGGCAGGUCAGAGUAGACCUGAUGGGUAACUCAGGUAAAGAUGCUUUUCUUUUAUCUGAACCACUUAAUUAUUGCUUUACUUUCACUUUUUUAAAUUCAAAAAUCCAAUAAAGGGAAGGACUGUA